UUUAGACCUGGGACACCAGGUGGGUGAUUCCCCUCUAAUCAGGGACUGGUUUAGACCUGGGACACCAGGUGGGUGAUUCACCUCUAAUCAGGGACUGGUUUAGACCUGGGACACCAGGUGGGUGUAAUUAAUUAUCUGUAGAACAGAAACCCAGCAGGCUUCGGACCUGUAGGGUAAGAAUUGAAUAGCCCUGCUGUAACAACAAAAUGUGGAGUAUUUCAAGGGGUAUGAAUACAGUGCUUUCUACUCUAAAGGCACUGUAUCUCUGAACAUGGCAACUAUAAUACAUUUAACUUGCUCUCUGAAUAGUUUAAAGUCUUUACUUUGUCCUAUAAACAUGUCUCUUGAUUUGUUUUUAAUUAUUUAAUUUUUUUGUUCAAGCUAAUCUAAUGUGUGUUUUCUGUUUGACCUCCAGUGUGUAUGAAGGCAUUCAAUAUAACUGUUGGAGGAAGCAACGAGUCUGACUUUCUAUGCAAAUACACCGUACAUAUUAAAUACAAUCUAUAUUACAUAUUUAAUGUCAUAUUUGACUGGCUUUUCAUUAACACCUACUAUGUCUAUCCAGGGUUUCCCAAACUCCCUGCAUGGUUAGUUUUUUCCCUAUCACUACACCAUUCAUUCAAAUAAUAAACUAAUCAUCAAGCCGUGAUAAUUUUUAUCAGCUGAGUACUGUUCGGGCAAAGACCAACACGUGCACGCACCGCUUGGGGUCGUGAAGACAUCGUUUUGGAAACGCUGUGUAAUGAUCUGUGUCCGUGCAACUGUUGCUCAUGGGGUUGACGUCACUUGACCUGUCACACACACACACAAGAGGAAGAGGGCAUUAGGGCAGCUCCUGCUUCUCUCUCGUCAACAAUCACAGUCAGCAGACUAGAUAGACUACAGCAGAGCAGCUCGAACUCAAGAGCGACGCCGCUUUCUUCGUGAGAUUGUAAUAGCCUAUAUUUUAAAUUCAGUUUGUAAUGGAGAAGUGUACAUAUAGUCACUAAAGUGGGACAGUCGCGGUGUAGGAGUUGUUGAGUUGUUGUGCGGCAAACCACCCAUGACCAAAGCGCAUGGAAUAUUGGAAUAAUUCUGCGACGCAAUAAUACACUUCGACCUGAAGCAGCGAGCUGGGAGUGCAUUUUGUCCAUCGAAAAUAAUUCCGUUCUAUAUUGGAGGUUACUUUUAUUGACUUUUCAAACCACUGAUAUUUCUUUGUCUGUUUCCCUUUGUUUUGGCUGUCUACACGACUGCUGGACUGGACACAGUCAUGCGCUCUCUGUCUCUCUAUUGUGACAUCGAGUUUCCAGCAUUUUUCCGAGGCUAUUUAUGGUUUAUUUGAAUAGGGACCGAUAUAAUCAAAUUGAUAUAGCGAAUAAACAAUUAUCUAAAACUUUGCACAGUGUGUAGGACCAUUUUCAACACCUGACCCUCGAUGGGAUUUUGGAAAGCUUUAUGAGACUGUAGAGGACUGGCUAGAACUUCUGUUUUACAGCACUUCACACAGACCUUACAGCACUUCACACAGACCUUACAGGACUUCACACAGACCUUACAGGACUUCACACAGACCUUACAGGACUUCAUAUUUUGUGGACAUCAGAACAGGACAGGAGCCAUCAUGGGUGUCAGGCAGAGUAGUCCCAUGGCUGAGAGUCGAACCCGGGCAUAUUCUAGCCCUGUCCCCUCCUCUGGAGGCAGCACUACCCCAGUGUUCAGAUACACAGCUGGGCCUGGUGGGCCCCAAAUUCACUACACCGGAUGGAACCGACCCAGCUCCUACCACCAGAUUAAUGUAACUCAUGGCGGGCGGAGCAGGACGGAUGUGUUCGGUAACAGUCUGGACCAGGAGGAGCCAGACUGGGAGAGAGGAGAACACCAGCUGAUGAUUGGCUCUCUACCACUUCACCUGUCCCCUAACCUACUGGGAGGGUUCCACUGUCCUGUGUGCAGUAAGUUUUUGGUGUCAGAUGAGAUGGAGAUCCACCUGAUCAUGUGUCUCACCAAGCCACGACUCGCCUACAACGAGGACGUUCUGGAGAAGGAUAGUGAGGAGUGUGCCAUCUGUCUAGACGAGAUGGAGCAGGGAGACACCAUCGCUAGACUGCCCUGUCUCUGUAUCUACCACAAAGGGUGUAUAGACGAGUGGUUUGAGGUGAAUCGUUCGUGUCCAGAGCACCCCUCGGAUUAAAGCUUCAGAAACCCACGGCAUGUCUACUAUCUACCUAGUUCAUCUAGAUCUACAUCUUCAUGCUGGCCUAUGAAUCUACUUUAUCCAGAUCUACUUCUUCAUGACAUGCUGGCCUAUGAACUACUUCACCUAGAUCUACUACUUCAUGACAUGCUGGCCUAUGACUCUACUUUACCUAGAUCUACUUCUUCAUGACAUGCUGGCCUAUGAAUCUACUUCACCUAGAUCUACUACUUCAUGACAUGCUGGCCUAUGAAUCUACUUCACCUAGAUCUACAGCUGACCUGCUGGUCCGUGAAUCUACUCUACUUAUAUCUACGUCUGACCAGUGUUUGAAGAAUGACGACUCUAGCCUGUAAAGUGCAGCCUACUCUUUUGCCUCACCAGGAUACCCCGAAUUUGCCUGGAAUGCUCAUUUAGAGAUGCUCACCAUAGACUUCAAUAGACUGGGCCAGGACCCGUCUUCUGAGAGUUGUACCUCAGCUGACUGACUGACAAUGAGGACGCUGCUCGUGCUUAUAUAAGACACUGAUGAACGAUGAUGACUUGAGGAACACGGUGGAGCAUGGACACACAGCGAGACUUCACAUUCCUCUCAGAUCUACUCGGUAGGGGUGGAUAACUUCAUUGUUAGUAUUACUGUAUUAUAACAAUGGAAUAAUGGGUUUGAUUUUAACGGUGUAGAAUGAGGGUAUUUAGACAGCCGUUUCUACUGUAGUAAGACACACGGUCUGAGUGCUGUGGCUGAAACAUGCAGUUACUUCUGUCCUUCAUUUGUACUUGUGUCAAUUAUGAAAUCUCACGUUCUGUUGACCUUCAUUUUUAUGUCUGUGGUGUAAAAUAAAUGUAAAGGGAAUUAAACCGGGAAUUAAAACCUUUGAUUUACUCCAGACUUCACUGUGAUAUGUUUAUUUUGCAAUAAGAGCUUGAAUUCAUCGAAAUAAAGAACUAAAGCACAAAUCAGCUCCAGAAUAUGUACUGUAAAAAUAUAGUGAAUAUAUAUGUACACAAUAUCAUUAAUAGUAUGUCUAAAUCAUGGGUGUUACAUGUGUACUGUGUUUUAAUAUUACUGAAUCAGAACUUUCAGAGGUUUAAGAAACUAAGAAUAAAAAUGUAUCAAAUUGA